AUGUUACCCCUCCCACACCCCAGCAAUGUUCCUCCACACCCAUGUUACCUCCACACCCCAGAAUGUACCCCACCCACACCCCAGAAUGUUACCCCCUUCCCAACCCAGAAUGGUUACCCCUCCCACACCCCAGAAUGUUACCCCUCCACCCCCAGAAUGUUCCUCCACACCCCAUUUACCUCCCACACCCAGAAUGUUUACCCCACCCACAUGCCCAGAAGUUACCCCUCACCAUCCCCAGAAUGUACCCCACCACACCCCAGAUGUUACCCUCGACCACACCCAGAAUGUUACCCCAUCCCACACCCCAGAAAAUGUACCCCACUCCACAUCCCAGAAUGUUACCGCCCCACACCCAGAAGUUUACCCCAUCCCACACCCCAGAAUGUUACCCCUCCCACACCCCAGAAUGUUACCCCAUCCACACCCCAGAAUGUUACCCCCCCCACCCCAGAAUGUUACCCCUCCCACACCCCAGAAUGCUACCACACCUACAUUGCACUGAACUUCCGCACCACCUAUGUGAGUACGACGGGUCAGGUGGUUUAUGAAGCCCGCUCUAUCUUUGUACACUACGCCACCUCCUGGCUGUUUGUUGACCUGAUCGCCGCCCUGCCCUUUGAUCUGCUCUACGCCUUCAAUAUCAGCGUGUACUUUGGGGUCCACCUGCUGAAGACAGUGCGGUUACUCCGUCUCCUGAGGCUGCUCCAGAAGCUGGAGCGUUACUCUGAGUACAGCGCCGUGGUUCUGACCCUGCUCAUGUCUACUUUCGCCCUGCUGGCCCACUGGAUGGCCUGCGUCUGGUACUUCAUCGGACGCCAGGAGAUCGAGAGCAACAGCCUGAGCUCCUGGGAUAAUGGCUGGCUUCAUGAACUGGCAAAACGUCUCGACACCCCUUACUUCCUGUCACCUUUAACCUCGUUCCUCGGAGUCACUGAUUCGCUGCACACUUCUAGAACGAAUGGGUUGGCAGCCAAUUACAAUCACUGGAACACAUCAGGGUCAGAGCCGAUUGGACAGGAUUUCUCCUCCUCCUUCAGCUCCGGCCAAUGGAACGUCAGCGARGCGGGGCGGAGCCAGGUGAAUGGCUCAGGGGUCUCGGGGGCGGCGCUAGGAGGCGGGCCGUCAGUGAGGAGCUCCUACGUGACGUCGCUGUACUUCGCUCUGAGCAGUCUGACCAGCGUGGGCUUCGGAAACGUCUCGGCCAACACCGACUCAGAGAAGAUCUUCUCCAUCUGCACCAUGCUCAUAGGAG